GCGAUGAGGCAAUCCGGAAGUGGAUAUAAUGAAGAGGUGCCACUUGGCGGCCAUGGCUGCGGUAGUAUCUGUGGCUCCGGGUCAAAGCCCAGCGGAGAGGAGUGAUACGGGGAGCACCGGCUAUAGGGCGGAGGGAGCUUUGUAUCGGAUUCGCUGCUGAACUCCAGUCUCUUCGUUAGAGACGUACAGGACUCCUUUCCUCAUUCGAAACUCGAAGGAGAGUUUGCCGGGACUGGUGGGCUGGUUCCAGCUGGGGGGAUCACCGGUUCCAGCAGGGUGUCCCAAAGAGCUAGGGGUGCCGCAGAACCAACAAGUUCGCUUGGGUUUUCCUCCUUUUCCUGCUGCCGCCUGCAACGUUGUCUGUGGAGAGAGUGGGCCCAUUGUGCCCUUCUCAUUCCGACCAUUGAAGGAAUCGCUUCUUGGCGUAUUUUUUUCCCCAUUGACUUUUCCCAUCUCUGUUAACGCACCGGAAUCCAGGGACUGGAGUCUGAAAACUCAGGGGCUGGGGACCUAAGAUUGCUGAAAGUUCUCUCUGAUGCUACUAUCAGCCCACGGGGGCUGUUUCCAGGUACGCUCACGAGAAAGGCGCUCCGUGAACACCUCCGCCGGCAGGGAGGACAGAAGAACUGGAAAGUCCCUCUCGUUCUCUUGGAAUCACGACGCGCGUGUAAGAACCCGUGGAAGCCACUGAAAAUCUGUAGUCCGGUGGUGGUGGGCGCGUACAGGAGGGCAGAAUGGAUGAUUUCAUCUCCAUCAGCCUGCUGUCUCUGGCUAUGCUGGCGGGAUGUUACGUGGCUGGAAUCAUUCCCUUGGCUGUUAAUUUCUCGGAGGAGCGACUAAAGCUAGUGACUGUUUUGGGUGCCGGCCUUCUCUGUGGAACUGCACUGGCAGUCAUCGUGCCUGAAGGAGUACAUGCACUUUAUGAAGAUAUUCUUGAGGGAAAACACCACCAAGGGAGUGAAACACAGGAUGUGAUUGCAUCAGACAAAGCAGCAGUAAUACCAGUUGCCCAUGAACAUGAGCACAGCCAUGACCACCACACACAGCUGCAUGCCUAUAUUGGUGUUUCCUUGGUACUGGGCUUUGUUUUCAUGUUGCUGGUGGACCAGAUUGGCAGCUCCCACGUGUAUGCUACUGAUGAUCCAGAAGCAGCAAGGCCUAGCAAUUCCAAAAUCACCACCACGCUGGGUCUGGUCGUCCAUGCUGCAGCUGAUGGUGUUGCAUUGGGAGCAGCAGCUUCUACUUCACAGACUAGUGUCCAGUUAAUUGUGUUUGUGGCAAUAAUGCUACAUAAGGCACCAGCUGCUUUUGGGCUGGUUUCGUUCUUAAUGCAUGCUGGCCUAGAGCGGAAUCGAAUCAGAAAGCACUUACUGGUCUUUGCACUGGCAGCACCAGUUAUGUCCAUGGUGACAUUCCUAGGACUAAGUAAGAGCAGUAAAGAAGCCCUUUCAGAGGUCAAUGCCACUGGAGUGGCCAUGCUUUUCUCUGCCGGGACAUUUCUUUAUGUUGCCACAGUACAUGUCCUCCCUGAGGUGGGCGGAAUGGGGCACAGUCACAAAUCCGAUGCCACUGGAGGGAAAGGCCUCAGCCGCCUGGAGGUGGCAGCCCUGGUUCUGGGUUGCAUCAUCCCACUCAUCCUGUCAGUAGGACACCAGCAUUAAAUGUUCAGGUUCCAGCCUCAGUCCACGGCCGUUUGCCAUCCAGUGAGAACAGCCGACAGAACAGCUGCUCACUUUCUCAGUCUCUUGUCUCACCUUGCCCAUCUCCACCUGUAUUCCUAGAGUCUGGAGGGAGGUGAGAUUAAAACCUGGAGUCAUGGAAAGCUUUUAGAAUAGAAACAACACAUUGCAAGUGGAUAUAGACAUUCCAUUGUGUUGUCUUUUAAAAGGCCCUGGGCAUUUUGAGUUUUGAUGUUUCUCUUAACCCUAUUCUCAGGGAAGAUGGAAUACAGUUCUAAGGAAAAGUGGAGAACUUCAUACUCACAAUGAAAUAGUAAUUAUGACAGUCCAGUGUUCUGUAAUUAAGCGAAAUCUCUUAAUUUAGAGGCUCUGCCACUUUAUGCAUUGAUUUUUAAGAUGGGUCUCACCGUGUAAAACUGGUGCUUUAGCAUCUAUGCCACAUGCCUUGAUAGAAGGUCAUAAUGCCUGCUGUCUUAGAUGCUAAAGAUAACUGUAGUUAAUUUGGGGCUCCAGUCAAAAAAAUGAUGGCAAGACACAUUGAAAGUUGACUUUAUAUUCAAGAGCUGUCCCCUGCAAAGGGGCUGUCGGGAGGACUUUAACUUCCUUCUGCGAGUGCCUCUUUGAAGAGAGCCUGCCAUAGAGCAACAGCAGCGGACUGGCUUCUAAAGAGGUGACUCGUACUUAGUAGCAUUUCUUUUCAAGUUCUCCUUUGCAGAACACCUGCCUCCAACACAUUCUUAUGAGGAGCCAAGUUCUAGUAGGUUCAGGCCUAGGCUUUCCUUCAAGAACAGUCAGAUCCCAAAGUAUCUUUGGAAAUUAAGUGGUGUUAAAUUUUAAGUGAAUUUGGAUAGUUACUGACAUCUUUGUAACAGCCUUUUUAAAAGUAAGAUUAUCAAAACCUAAGUUGUCCUUUUUUUUUUUUAAGUAUUUAUCUUAGCAGACCAGCAGUCCCUCUGACAAAAUACUGGGUUUCUCUUGGGGGGUGCUCAGUCAGCGUCACCUCAGCACCUGCAGCAGUGAAGAAAGAUGUAUCACAAAUGGGAAAUGUUGGCCUGUUCAUUUAAAGCUUAUUGAAAUAAUGUCUUUUGUCUCUUCAUCUUUUCCAUAUUUUUCUCCUCUAACUUUCCCCUCCAGUCCCUCCUCCCUACAAUUUGCUGCUUACUGCUGGUGGCGAGGUUAGUAUUUGUGUGAGUUCAGUUCUCAUCAGGACAACCACUUCUCGAGCUGUGAUGAUGAAGAUAAUACUGUUUCUAUUCCUUAUUCUUAUUCCCUUCAAUGAAGUUCCUUUGUGUCAAAUGCAGUUUUGCUAAACCCUUAAAAUAGCACUUUUUCUCAGAUGAGAUGACACAAUCAUUAAUAUUCUGGUAACUUAAACAAUUGAGAUAGUAAAAAUGUUUAACAAACUAGGAUGAUUUUUUUGUCUUUGCCAAUAUCCCUGUAAACCUUAUGUUAUCAAACAAGUGUAUAAUAUUAUUUUAUUAUUUAUUUUGAUUUUCUAUACCAUUUCAAAACACAUUGCAUAAAGAGGGAACCAUAAUAUUUUCUUAAGGGCAAUGGAUUUAGGAGUUCGUAAAAAUUUUUUUUAUGACGCAUAUGCCAGCAUGCCUAUGAUUUUUUUUCCUUCCUAGAUUUGUCACUGGGUCAGCAGCUGUAGAACUUGUGAGCCCUCUGCUGGCUGUAGACCAAAGUAGUAUUAAUAGGAUUAAGUUUUGUAUAGUGGCUGGCAACCAUUGCAUACAAUCUUAAAACCAAUGGAAGGUAUAAUACAGAAAGUCUAAGUGACUUUCCCAAUAACACUGACUUAUGAGAGUCAUGGAGUUUCACCUGGUCCUUCAGAAUGACAUGGUUGCCUUGAUUCUCCCUGGAUAUUUACUUUGUUAAAUGAGUAGGGUAUUUUAGUGUCUGGUUUGGAUGGUAGCACUUUCUAUCAUAUUGUCGUGUGCAGUGAUGAGAAAUGUGUUCUGCUGGCCAAAGCUCCUUUCAGCAGUGCCUUGCCAUCACACUUAAAAGUUUGGCUAGAAUAUCUUGCUGGUUAAGGCCUUGAACUCUGGCAAGGAUUGAACCAUGUAACUUCCAAAUUUGCCUUCCUCUCUGGACCUCACAUUAAUAGGCAAACCUUUCAAGGCCUAUCAGCUCUCCGAGGCUGUGGGCUUUCCCAGAUUUUAAAGCUGCUGCCUCAGGAACUACUCAUUUCUCCUGGUCAGCAGACAGAAAUAGCCAUACUAACCUUAUAGGGCUCAAAUGCAUCUUCAGGCAGCACGGAACCGAGCAGUGCGGCAGAGGCCUCCCUUCCCUGGGGGAGGAACUUGCCCAUGGUGGGCAGUGUCCCAGGAGAGGCCACAUCGCUGAUCAUUUACUGACACAUUUCAGUUCCAUUUCUGUCUUGUUUAAACUGCCUCCUUAGAUGUGGAUGCCUUAAUGCUCUCACACAUUUGAAAACAUUUGCAAUACCUAAGUGGCUGCCAUGAUCACAGAUGGAAAUAUUGGCUACCAAAGAUGCAAUUGAUGAUGAAAAGUAUAGUCCUUCCUUCCCCAUAACCAAAGUUAAUCUUAGUUGCAAUUUGACUCCCUUUCCUUGGUAGGAAUAGACUUUCUUCAGAUUCCACAUAAGUGGCAAAUUAAGUUGAAAAAAUACUACUGAUCAUUCCCGUCACUUGUUCUCCAGUGAAUUGCUUCUCAGGCCCUCGUUCUCCAGAGCAGCAAUGUUCCAGGUCUGGUGGCUUCCUGUGCACACUAGGGCCGAUUUCUUUUCUUUAGGCAAAGGUUCUUCACUGGAGUGUAGUGUUAGAAAUGGUACCGUCUACAGAGGCUGUGUUCUCUCUUCCCACCCCACCCCAAAUCACCUUUUUUUUCCCUGUUCAAAUCAUCUGAGUCAGCCCUGUUCCUAUAUUUUGAAUCAUCUUUAGAAAAAAGAGAGAGGUGGCCAUUUUGAGUGGUCAGUUCUUUGUAAAAAGGAGAAAAUGUAAUUGCGUUUUUUUACCGGCCUACUACGAAGUGUCACUGCCUGGUUUUUUCUCCUUUUCAAGGAUUAAAA